CCGCGGCCGGCCCCGGACGACGUGUGGCGCGUGGACUCCGUCAGGUCCAGCCCCGCGGAGCCCGGCAGGCACUUCCGGGCGAGCUUCUGUGCACCUGUUCCUUCCUGCUGCUGAAGUGUCUGCCCCUCUGGGAAAAAGUGGGCAUGUCCGUCCCCAGAGGACAAGAUGCACCGCGGCGACCCUAGACUGACAGAGGCACGGGAGGCCAACCCCGAAGCUGGAAGGCGCCGCGCAUCCUUAAGCUGUGCGGGAGUUCACGUGACGCCAAGUGCCGGGCCCGGCGGUCACGUGACGGCGCGCGCGCCCUCGCGCGGGGAGAGCCGGCCGGCGCUGUGCGCGCGCCUUCGCCGCUGCCUCCCUAGCCCUCGACGGGAGGGUGAGGAGCGGCGGAGGCAUCGGGCGUCCGGGCCGCUGCGCGUGCGCGGCGAACAGCUGUCACCCAGUGCGGAACAAGUCUUCCAAAUUCCCCAAAUCUCCCCGGGCCGGAGGCUACCGUCUUCCUCCGCGUCUUCCUCCCCUGGGUCGUGUCCCCGUCCCCACCCGCGCGCCAGGAACCAUCACCUGAAAUUUGGACACUUUACUGAGAACUGUCAACAUUCAGGGCAGCUUUCAUUAGCAGGAGGAGUUUGGACCUGACAUAGACACUGCCCAGCCAUCAUGGAGGUGGCCGAGGUGGAGAGUCCUUUGAACCCCAGCUGUAAGAUCAUGACCUUCAGACCCUCCAUGGAGGAGUUCCGGGAGUUCAACAAAUACCUUGCAUUCAUGGAGUCUAAAGGAGCCCAUCGAGCAGGUCUUGCAAAGGUGAUUCCUCCUCGGGAAUGGAAGCCAAGGCAGUGCUAUGAUGACAUUGAUAAUUUGCUUAUUCCAGCACCAAUUCAGCAGAUGGUCACAGGACAAUCGGGACUGUUCACUCAAUACAACAUCCAGAAAAAAGCCAUGACAGUGAAGGAGUUCAGGCAGUUGGCUAACAGUGGCAAAUAUUGUACUCCAAGAUACUUGGAUUAUGAAGAUUUGGAGCGCAAGUACUGGAAGAACUUAACUUUUGUGGCACCUAUCUACGGCGCAGACAUUAAUGGGAGCAUAUAUGAUGAGGAUGUGGAUGAAUGGAACAUAGCUCGCCUAAAUACAGUCUUGGAUGUGGUUGAGGAAGAGUGCGGUAUUUCUAUAGAGGGUGUAAAUACCCCUUAUCUCUAUUUUGGCAUGUGGAAAACCACAUUCGCAUGGCACACCGAGGAUAUGGACCUCUACAGCAUUAAUUAUCUCCACUUUGGAGAGCCCAAGUCUUGGUAUGCGAUACCCCCGGAACAUGGAAAACGACUCGAAAGACUAGCUCAAGGUUUUUUCCCAAGCAGUUCUCAAGGGUGUGAUGCAUUUCUUCGCCACAAGAUGACACUAAUAUCUCCCUCAGUAUUGAAGAAGUAUGGUAUUCCCUUUGACAAGAUCACUCAGGAGGCUGGAGAAUUUAUGAUCACUUUUCCAUAUGGCUACCAUGCUGGUUUUAAUCAUGGUUUCAACUGUGCAGAAUCUACAAAUUUUGCUACAGUCAGAUGGAUUGACUAUGGGAAAGUUGCUAAAUUGUGCACCUGCAGGAAAGACAUGGUGAAAAUCUCAAUGGAUAUCUUUGUGAGGAAAUUUCAGCCAGACAGAUAUCAGCUUUGGAAGCAAGGAAAGGAUAUAUAUACCAUUGAUCAUACAAAGCCUACUCCAGAAUCCACACCUGAAGUGAAAGCAUGGCUACAGAGGAGGAGGAAAGUAAGAAAAGCAUCCAGGAGUUUCCAGUGCACUGGUUCUCAUUCUAAGAGACUUAAGAAUGAGGAGGAUGAAGAGGUGUCACCUGCAGUCGAGGGGGCACAGAGCCUCUCCCCUGACACAGACCCAGAUGAUCUCAAGGUCAGUGAAAAACCAGAAAAAGCAGUGAGGAUGGGGAACACAGAAGCACCUUCAGAAGAAGCAGCUUCUCCUAGCAGGAAGCAGCCAGAUCAGAAUUCAUCAGAUAAUAUCAAACUCCCAGGAAACAGUUGCUUAAGCACAUCUAUAACAGAAGAAAUAGAAACUAAGGAUAACCAAGCCUGUGGUAUAAUCCUACCUUCACAUCCCAGUGAAGCUGGUGAUUCCCUAUCUAGUGGCCAUGUGACAUCUAAGGAACCAGACCCACCCAAGCUUCCAUGGCCAAAGUCACCUGAGUCGUGCUCCUCAGUGGCAGAAACUAACAGUGUGUUGACAGAGGGAGAAGAGAGUGAUGUGGAGAGCCGCAGGAGUGGCCUUGAACUUGGGGAAAUCCCAGCGAUCUCCAGUGGGGAGAGAAAUGGCCUCGAACUCCCUGGAAGAAUAGAAGGAGAAACCAAAACUGCUAAAAGUUGGCGCCAUCCUCUUAGUAAGCCUCCAGCAAGAUCCCCACUGACUCUGGUGAAGCAGCAGGCAAUAAGUGAUGAAGAAUUGCCUGAGGUUCCAUCGAUUGAGGAGGAAGUGGAAGAAACAGAGUCUUGGGCGAAGCCUUUGGUCCACCUUUGGCAGACGAAGUCCCCAAACUUUGUGGCUGAACAGGAGUAUAAUGCAACCAUGGCCAAAAUGGAGCCACACUGUGCCAUCUGUGCUCUCCUUAUGCCAUACUACAAGCCAGAUAGCAGCAAUGAAGAAAAUGAUUCUAGAUGGGAGACAAAAUUAGAUGAAGUGGUUACUCCGGGAGGAAAGACUAAGCCCCUCAUUCCAGAGAUGUGUUUUAUUUAUAGUGAAGAAAAUAUAGAAUAUUCUCCGCCUAAUGCCUUUCUGGAAGAGGAUGGAACAAGUCUUCUGAUUUCCUGUGCAAAGUGCUGCGUACGGGUUCAUGCAAGUUGCUAUGGUAUCCCUUCUCAUGAGAUCUGUGAUGGAUGGCUAUGUGCCCGUUGCAAAAGAAAUGCAUGGACAGCAGAGUGCUGUCUUUGCAAUUUGAGAGGGGGUGCUCUUAAGGAAACAAAGAACAAUAAGUGGGCUCAUGUCAUGUGUGCUGUGGCUGUCCCAGAAGUCCGGUUCACUAACGUCCCAGAAAGGACGCAGAUAGAUGUCGGCAGAAUACCUUUACAGAGGCUAAAAUUGAAAUGCAUCUUCUGCAGACACCGGGUUAAGAAGGUUUCUGGAGCCUGUAUCCAAUGUUCUUAUGGCCGCUGCCCAGCCUCCUUCCAUGUCACGUGUGCUCAUGCUGCUGGGGUGCUGAUGGAGCCUGACGAUUGGCCAUACGUGGUGAACAUCACAUGCUUUCGCCAUAAGGUCAACCCAAAUGUGAUGAACAAACUGAGGCUGAUAAAGGUUCAAGAUCACAAGAUCACGCAGCUAAAGUCCAAGGCUGGCGAGAAGGGUAUCUCUGUGGGGCAGACAGUCAUCACCAAGCACCGGAACACCCGGUAUUACAGCUGCAGAGUGAUUGCUGUGACAUCGCAGACCUUCUAUGAGGUCGUGUUUGACGAUGGCUCCUUCAGCAGAGACACAUUCCCUGAGGAUAUAGUGAGCCGAGACUGUGUGAAACUGGGCCCUCCUGCUGAGGGAGAAGUCGUCCAAGUCAAGUGGCCUGAUGGCAAACUCUAUGGGGCAAAGUAUCUAGGUUCAAAUGUUGCUCACAUGUACCAGGUUGAAUUUGAAGAUGGAUCCCAGAUAGCAAUGAAGCGAGAAGACAUCUAUACUUUAGAUGAAGAGUUACCCAAGAGAGUGAAAGCUCGUUUUUCCACAGCCUCUGAUAUGCGAUUUGAAGACACAUUUUAUGGAGCAGACAUAAUCCAGGGGGAAAAAAAGAGACAAAGAAUGCUGAGCUCCAGGUUUAAGAAUGAAUAUGUGGAUGAUCCCGUGUACCGCACCUUUUUGAAGAGCUCUUUUCAGAAGAAGUGUCAGAAGAGACAGUAAUCUGCAUAUGCUGCUGCGCUGCAGGCAACAGAGCAACUUGGGCUGGAGAAGGAAAGAUGAAGGGACAACUUUGGGGCCACACAGUGUGUUUCCCUGGGGUAGGUGAUAGGGUAUGUCUCUGACGGUGGAAAAUUAGGCUCUACGGAGUUUGGUCACCCAAACCGUAGAUUACAAGUGUUACUAAUUGGAUACAACAA